AAUAUAACGAUCCAGCCCCAUAGAGUAUCUUGUUCUCUGUCCUCUAUCAACACAUCGUAUUCGAUCAAGCUCUUGUACCACUGCCUUCACUAGGGGGGGAACAUCAAAUCAUGCUCUUCACAGAGAUCGUCAUUGAUGCUGCGCCAUCAGCCGUGCGAGAGGCCUUUCUCGACUUCGCAAGCCUGUCCACAUAUCAUACAAGCUUCUAUCAAUCUAUAGAUCUCCCCAAGCAGCGUGGCGCUGCAAAGCCAGGGGAUCACUUGAUAUGUACCGUCGACAACAUCCCGUGGCCCGCCAUCGUUGAGGUCAACACUGCAAGUGUUUUCACCUGGCGGGGUUACAUUCUUUGGAACUGGCUGUUCAGUGGCCUGCACAGCUUCAAGUUUGAGCCGCUCGAUGCAGACAGCACUAAGACUCGCUUUGUGCAGUGCGAGGAAUGGGGAGGUCUACUGGGCGGGGCCUUGUGGAUGGUUGGUCGCCGUAAAAUGGUGACGGGCUUUAACAAUUUUAACGAGGACUUGAAGCGGCAUCUGGAGAAGGCGCCGGUCUCAGGAAAGAAUGUACGGUUAGCGCAGUAGAUUCGUGACACACUGCCACUCUUGCCAUCACAAUACAUGGACGACGUUGGAAGCUUGGCAUCAGGCGAUAGGAAACAUAUCCAGUGGGGGCCUAGGGAAGGGAGAAUAUGCAAGCCAGACGAAGCGGAUGAUCCAGGGGGCAAUCAACGAAUUAGUACUUAGUAACCAUCUCUCGGAUAAACACGGACACUGGAAUGUUCACCCCUGUGUAUUGUUAUGCAC